UACUAAGAAAGAUAAGCGCGGCUGGCGUAGGGGCCGGAGAGGAAACUGUUAGCUGAAAUACAGAGAUGCUCGUCUGAAACUGCGCAGCUUAGGGACCGUGUGCCAAUCGCAAUCCUCGCCACUGACGUGAGUCGUACGAAGGCUUGGUACUCCAGUCCAGAGGUCCUGCCUAGCCGCCCUGCGGGAGUGGCUCUUGGUUCAUGGCGUGCUGUGGUGGAGACGCUGCCUCCAGAGGCCCUGGGGGGGCCCGGGAAGGAGGAGGAAAAGGCGGCGAGAGGGGUACCUCGGAGAGGCGGAGGCUGAAGGAGAAGGUGGCAGAACAACUGAAGCAGGACAUGAGCAGGCUUCUUAAAGAGGAAACCCAAACUGAUGUCAUUUUCUGUGUUGGCAACACUCUGUUCAGAGCGCACAAGGCAGUGCUUUUAGCAAGAAUUCCAGAUUUUUUUUCACACAUUAUUGGAAGACUGGUCCAUAAUCUGAAAAACAAUGAAGUUCUUAAUCUGGAGAAUUUGGAGCCCUCUGAAUUUAAAACAUUCCUGCAGGUUGUGUAUUCAUCUGACAGAAAUAUUAAAGAGGCCGAGCAAGAAUUUCUCAAAAAAGCAUCAAAGCCUAGAUUAAUGAAAGAAGACCGAAGCCUUAAAAUCGCCACCAAUCUACAGAAUGGUCAAAUAUCAGUUGAACAGUGCCUGGAUGAAAGGACAUCUGGUCAUCAGUAUUCCUCAGAUGGAGCCAUAGAAGCAGAGACUGCUGUUUCCCCCUUUAUUGCAAAUGAAAUUCCUGAAGAAGCCGUUGAUGCUGACGGCAGUGUAACUGUGUCAGGUGAUUCUAAAGUAGAAACAGCAUCUGACUUAGGAAAAGAUCUCUUAACGAUCUACAAGAAAUCUUGGUUUACAGAUAUUACUAUUUGGAUUGAUGGAAAACAAUUUCAAGUACACAGGGCCAUUUUAUGUGCCAGAUCUAGUUACUUUGCUGCUAUGCUGAAUGGGAGUUGGGCCGAAAGCUCUCAAGAGCACAUCACUCUUCAAGGCAUAAACCAUGUAGAAAUGACUGUCAUUCUGAAUUUUAUUUAUGGAGGAAUUCUGGAUUUCCCAAACAAAGCAGAUGCUGGUCGCAUACUGAGCAUUGCAGACAUGUACGGACUAGAGGGUCUGAGAGAAGUAGCCACAUAUAUUCUGAAAAGAGACUACUGCAACUUCUUUCAAAAGCCUGUGCCUGGAAAGCAUCAGCCUGUUCUAGAAUGUCUGGUUAUUGCUCAUUCAGUGGGAGUGGAAAACCUUUAUGAUGCUUGCAUGAAGUGGCUGGCACAGCACUUUGUAAGAUGUUGGUCAGAGAAGAGUUUUGCCUACGUGCCCAUUGAGCUUCAGAAUAACUGCCUUAGAAUGCUGAUCCAAUCUUUAAGCCCACAGAAUGCAGCCCAUCUUCUGAUAGAAACUGACCGGCUGAUGGGUAGUCUUCCCCAAGUGAAAUGGACCACAACAGCUCAUGCUUUGGCAUCUCGGCUGCAGGAAGAGUGUAUAGCAUUCAUGGUGGCAAACUUUCCCCAGAUAAUAGAAAGUGAAAACUUUUUUGCCUUCUUACAGGAUCAAGCCAUGAGCAGCAAACCUGACCUUCUUGAUAAAGUGUUUGAAGCAGUUGAGAAGAGCAUUGGCACUGAGAAUAGUUGCAGUCUUCUGAUCGCUAUGGAUGCCCUGUUAAAUUCAGAAUAUGUGAAGGAGAUGGGGUUUACGUGCAAGAUCCAGGCUCUGCGUGAUAAGCUGUGGGUCUUCCUGGUUCAGUCGUUUUAUGCUGUUCGUCACACAGAGAGCUGGAAGCUACUGAAGUCAGGCGAUCAACAGCAAAUACAAGCAGCUGCUUUUGACAAAGGUGAUGAUAGAAGACCUGCCAAAAAGCCUGUAUUCACUAGCUGUCAGUUAAACAGAUGCAUUACUGAUUCUGUUGGUAUAAAACAUACUUCUUGGAAAACAGACGGAAAGAAAAACAGUUGGGGCAAUUCCUCCACUAAUCAGGAUAAAAUGAAAUCCGAUGGAUUAGGAGCAUCUGGACAUACAUCGGCUACCAAUAGGAACAGCACUAAUAAGGCUUUGAAACAUGACGAUUUAAAAGGGAAAGACAGUAAAAAAGCUGUUUGCAAGAUUACAAAAGAAUCUAAAAUGGGGGAGAAAACUCCUUCACCAAAGGCCAGAGCUGUUAUAAAGCCAAAAAGUGAAAAUAAUGGAAACGGUAAAGCUGAAAGCUUGCUUACAAAACAAGAUUCUGACCGAUCAUUAUCUUCUGGUGGACACAAAAAUGCAGGAAGUGGCAAAGCUGUGAAAAACCAAGAAAGCAAAACUGCAGGUGCCCGACCCAAAGUACUUCCCGGAAGCUCAGGUGUUCAGAUCAAAGCAAAACCUUUGAAGAAGACCACUGGAAAGGAAUCUCCUCUUAUGGGUACAGAAACUCCAAACAAAUUUACAAACUCAAGCACAGAUUUGCAGAUGUCCACUGAACAUCUAGAUGAAGCCAAAGAGGAAAAAUUGGCAGAUGAAAGCAAAAAGUAUUCAGCUUUGAAAACAAAGCCUGCUUUGAAGAUGACUAAUGGAGCCUCUGCUAAAAAACCUGUUAAUGAUCUUGAGACUAAUAGUCCAAUGAACAGUGUUGCAAAGAAAUGCGCUGGUAAGAGCAGCAAUGAAUACAUACCACAAGCAGUUUUGAAGAAAAAGGGAAAUGAAGCUGGCAAUUCUGCUCUACAGCAGAAGACAAAGAAUGUAGCUUCAGCUGCUAAAAACCAAGGUCCACAAGGAGAUUCUCCAAAUUCAUUGAAACACGGACUUUCUUCAAAACAAAAUGAAGACAAAAAUAUGACCCAACAUUUGACACACUCGGUUUCAUCAGAAAGGAAAACUUCAUCAAAGAAAAAGUCUAAACCAGCACAAAGCACUUCAGUUAAAGCUACUGCAAAAAUAAUAGUAACAUCGAAAAACCAAACCCACUCGAAGAAGAGUGAAACAAUGAACAAUAAAGACCAAAAACAAAAAAAUGUUGCUGGGCAACCUCUUCUAAAGCUUCAGACUUCAAACCAGAAGUAUCCCAGAAGUGAGUCUCCUGUUCAGAAAAACAUCCUUGGAGAAGGGCAAAAAAAUUCAGACCAGAAACUUGAAAAUGCUGUCAUUUCAGGAGCUCAGCUAUAUGGCAGUAACAAAUCUAGCCCAGGGAAGAAAUCUAAUAGUGGAACAUCUUUACUAGAGAUAGAUAAGAGGGACACAUCAGAUUCAGAAAAACUUACUCCCUUUGAAGAAGAACACUACAAAGGAGAUUUAAAAACCCCUUGUGUUGCAAAGCUGAAUGGGUCAAUGAAAAAUGAAAAGGAAGUAAAACAGGUUCAUAAGAAUAAUAAAUCUCAUGUAAUUAAAAAUGCUGAAGAAUGUAAUGCAACUGAAUUGCACCAUGUUAAAGAACAUAAGAGUAUUGCAUGUGAGAAUAUUAGCCAGGAUCCCUCCACUUUAAGUUCAAAAGAGGGAACGUUAAAAUGCAAACCCCUCCCUGAUUCUACUGCUUGUCAGCAUUCUACUGAACAUUUAGAAGAAAAUGAGAGCCAUUUGAAACAGGCAAAAACAACUGACCACAAACCUGAAGGUACCUUGAAAGCUCAAAUGGGUGUUAACAAUGUAGAUGAUCCAUUGCACAGCUUAUCUGAAACAGUUAAUGAUAGCUCUAACUCAGAAUGUGAGGAGAGGAAGUCUUCUAAGGCCUGUGCAAUAGGGUCUGAAAGUGCUGAUGAGUUCUCUGAUAAGUCUGCCUUGACUGAAUCCCAGUCUGCUACAGUAGAAUCGGAUGCUGCUUCAAAAUCUUUCAUAGACCAUGUUGCAGAAAAAUGCUCCUCUAAAGAUACUGAUACCACAGAAACACCAGAGAGCCAUGAAAACUCAGAGGCUCCAUUUGGUGACCAUUGGAACUUGAGUUCCAGUGCACUUGAUCCGAAAGAGAGCCCUGAAUCAGACACUGGCAGUGCAACAACAUCCUCAGAUGAUAUCAAGCCAAGAUCAGAAGACUAUGAUGCAGGUGGCUCUCAGGAUGAUGAAGGAUCAAAUGAACGAGGGAUUUCAAAAUGUAGCACUAUGAUAUGCCAUGACUUUCUUGGAAGAAGUAGCAGUGAUACAAGUACACCAGAAGAACUAAAAAUCUAUGACACUAAUCUACGAAUAGAAGUAAAAAUGAAAAAGGAAAACUCUGAUCUUUUCAGAGUUAUUUCAACAAGUGAUGAUGAGAUCCCUAGAAAAAGACAUCAAGGUGAUGAGAGAAGGGUUGGAUCCAGGGGUAAUAAUACUAAUUUUGCUGCUGCACAGUUUCCUCCAGAAGCAGAUCAGGUCUCCUCUUCAGCUGAUGAAACAGAAGAUGAAAAGUCUGAAAAUGAAAAUGUUGUAGAGAAUUUGCCUCCAUCAGAGCUUCCUGUUCAGCAGUUCCAUGGAAUAGUGAAUCUAGCAUUUGAGGAUGCAGCAGAAAAUGAUAUUGAGAGUCAAGAAUUUUCUGCCACUAAAAACUUUAAGCGGUCUGUAUUGCUUUCAGUGGAUGAAUGUGAAGAACUGGGCUCUGAUGAUGGAGGAGAGGCCCACACUCCCCUCCAGCGUUCCCUUGAUGCCACAACACCUUCAGAUGUAUUUGAUGGAGUUCCUCAUGAGCAUCAUGGUAAAACAUAUUAUUCAAGAUACUCCUUAGAGAUUGAGGAUGGAUUCCUGGAGUGUAAGGAGCACAAUAAGGAAAUGGACAAAAAUGAGAGCUCUUCUGUAAAUUCUCAUGGUACCGAGCAAAAAGCAAAGAAUAAUCUGGAUAUUUCAGUUACGGAACGAGAGUCUACAGAGAAAGCUAUGGCAGUAGGAAAUAGCCAGCCUCCCACAGAGGAUAACAAGGAAGAUGCCAAGAGUGAAGAGAGUAAUGAAUUUCAGUGCAAUAAAGUUUCAGACAAUGACACAAAGUCUCAGGAAAGACCAUGUCACUUGGAUCUUCAUCAAAGAGAUAAUACUGAGUUACAAAAGAACAGCUCUACAAAACCUGUAGAUCCAUGUAGGAGUCACUUGCUGACUCAGGAAGGUCACGUGAAAGAGAGUGAGCCAGCAUCUACUGAAUACGCUAACACUGCUUUAUCUGCAGGAGACAUAGAUGAUUGUGACAGAUUGACACAAACCUGCAUGUAUGAGCAUCGGCCUCCAAAAACCCUUUCUCCAAUAUACGAGAUGGAUGUUGGAGAAGCUUUUGAGCAGAGGAUGGAGUCGGAAGUGAGCAUUCUAGAUGUGGAUUUUGAAGAUCAGCAGUUUGCAGAACAGGACUGGACUCUUCUCAGGCAAUUGUUAUCUGAUCAGGAAUCAAACCUGGACAUCAAAAACUCUGUUCCCGAAGACCUUAACUUAGCACAAUAUCUCAUCAACCAGACACUUUUUCUGGCACGAGACAGUUCACAACCUCAGGGUAAAGCACAGAUUGACACUUUCAGUAGGUGGACUGAACUAAUAUCUCCAUUGGAUGAUUCUUCAGCAAGCAUCACAGUGGCAAGUUUUUCCUCGGAAGAUUGUUCUUCCCCUCAAGGGGAAUGGACAAUUCUUGAACUAGAAACCCAUCAUUGAAGUGAUCAAGUGUUUGAGACAGGACUCCUCCCCUCUUCUCAUACCUCUGAAGAUGAAUAUUUGAUGCAAUAUUUCCAUACAAUAAUAAAUACUGCAUCAGUCAAGAAGAGUCAGUCCUUGAUAUGGAAAUGAUCCUUCCAUUAAGUGGUCCAUUUCGAAGUAAGAUUUAAUCGCAGGAAAUAUAAACUUUUGAAAAUUUACGUGGGUGUUUUCUAAAAGCUAUUUUUGAGCAUGUCUUUUUUCUAGACUUCUUAGGAAGAAGUAGAUGGCCUGUAAGAAAAAGCCUUGGCUUAAUCUCCCUUCCUCGUUUCAUUCACUAUUUGGUCAUAUUUAUCUGAAUGCUCAAGGAAUUAAAAUGUGAAUGCAGAAUAAGUAGUGCUACCCUUCUUCCUCCAUCGCUCUCCAUAUAGUGACUUGCUGAUUCCUUCAAAGAUAAAAGAUUCACAGUGGUUGUGUCAAACAUGUGUGCCAACAAUCCUUUAAAUACUAGAAAUGUGUGUUUGCGUUUGCAGAAAAAGUUUUGAAACAACUGUUUCUGAAUUUAUUUAUAAAGAGCAGCAUGUUUGGUUUGUUUUUCUCCAGAUUGAUUUUGUACCUCUUUUGUUUUUAAAAUUUUCAAUAAAUUUUUUAAUUGUUUAUUUAAAUCUAAGACUGAACAGAUAUUGCCAGAAGUGAUACAUACUGUUCCUUUUCUAGGAAGAAAUAAAUGUUUAUAGUGCUGGUAAAUUAAAAAAGCAACUUGUGAAUUAUUCAUCAAAAGUGAA